GCCAAAAGACACAAAAUACCAAACAUUAUCUGCCCUUUAGCGUCGGGUCUGAUCACGGGUUUAGGUCUCGUGAUGGGCACAGUCCACGGUCUGGGUACUGGAGCUUCUUCUUAUUUCCUCCCCAAAGUUGAUAAUUUGUCUUCUACUUCUCGUACCACUUGAGUGUGGUGUGACAUAAGAACACACAGGAAGUAUAUGAAAUGAAGUGUGGAGAGAGAAAAAAACAUUUUCAGAGCAGACGAGAGACCAGAGCGAGAGGAAGUCGACUGCCACCCUCCACAGAAGAAUUUAAGAAGGUGAACGGGGGAGACCCAGAGAUGGAAAACAGAAUCAGGAAUUUGGGGACUCUGUUAGUCGGAUCCUGGUUCAGCUUGUUUCCGGUUACACAAGCGGAGUCCUCCAACGAGUCCAAUGACAGCACGGUGACCGUGGUCCUACUGGUGCUACUGCUCAUCGUCCUCUGUUUAGCCCUCAUCAUGGCAUGGAAAAGGUUGAUUGACACGGAAGGGGGUGAAGGCUACCACCCACACGUGCUUUGGGGCACAGCUCAGGAGUUCAUGCAGAAUUCGAAGACCAGAUGGAUUCCCCAAAAGAAAGAAGAGGAAGUCAGCACGGUAGAAGACAAUGAAGAGGAAGAAGAAGACGAAGAACCGGAACCUAAUGAAGAGACUGAUAUUACUGCCUUAUAAUGGGGGUCCUCAUGUGGAAUGAGCCCCACUUGUUAUACUGGGUACUUGUUGGGAUAUAACUAUGAAAUUGGUUCGGUUGAUGGUGUCCCCUUAAAGAUGCCCUUACUGAUGAAUAUUCUUUGAUCUCACGUCAAAACAAGGUGGACUCUAAACUGCCCAGAAUUAAAAAGGGGAAUGGGGUCCAGAAACUGGUCGGGAGCCGAAAUACAUAACGGUUACGUAUCAAAGGGUCCACCAAUCCCACAAAGGACCCAGACUUCUAAUAUACACGGUGCCAUCCCACAUGUGGUAGAUUACAGUUUUUUCAUUUCCAUGCUGAGCCAUUUCAUGACAACUUUUUGGGGUUAGGAAACCUUUCUAAAACCCAGCCCAUUUCGGUUAACAGCACUUGUGCCAUUUGAAGACUGAUUCCCGAAGGAAAACACCUCCCAGCGGGCGAUUGUCCUGCGGCUCUUGGUUACAGGUCUCUGAUGGGAAUAUUUUCAAACACAACUAUUUGAGAAUUUUGUUUUUCAGUUUCCAGCUAAGAUGGAAAGACCCCUUUAAAAUAUUUGUGCUUAAUUUCCAAUUUCUCCAGCAAUUUGCCCAAAUAAAGUUUGUGACCAUCACAACACAAUCACCUCCACGAUCCAUGUGAAGAGAGAUGAGCACCACCUUGGUACUCCCAUGAGCCCCAUGACUGUCAAUGACCUACAGUAGAAAUGUCUAUCUAGUACUUGUAUUGUAUUUAAUCAGCUCUAAGCUUGUAGAGUCCGGGAAGGACACAAGUAGAUCAAGAUCGUGGUAGAUCCCAGACUAGUCAAGAGCAGAUCUCCCAAUGAGGGCCCUUCAUCCAGUCUCGAUGGUACCAGCCAUCACACUGGAGCCCAAACCAUGGAUGAUGGUUAAUCACCUUGUCUAUUGAGGGGCUUUGUAUUUUAUUGUUUCUCUUUAUACGUAACCAUGGUGACUGACAAAUCCUUCCCUCUUCUGCUCUUCGCACUUCUGGUAUAAGACAUGUAAAUGCUGCAGAUAUUCCAUCUUCACUCGGGUUUGGAAUGAAGAUUUGCAGGCUUGGAAUGUGUGAAAAAUAAAAAUCAUCAUCAAUUAAAAUGUUUAGUUUGGUCACUUUUGCAACAACUUAAAAUGUAAAAAUAUUUAUUAGGUAAAGCAACAGGGAAAAUUCUCAGCAAAGUGCUGGUGAGGAGGAGGCCGGCUGUCUGGUGGAGGCCGGGUGUCUGGUGGAGGCCGGGUGUCGGUCGGGUGUCUGGUGGAGGCCGGGUGUCGGUCGGGUGUCUGGUGGAGGCCGGGUGUCGGUCGGGUGUCUGGUGGAGGCCGGGUGUCGGUCGGGUGUCUGGUGGAGGCCGGGUGUCGGUCAGAUGGAGGCUGGGUGUCGGUCAGGUGUCUGGUGGAGGCUGUGUCUCUGGAGGAGGACCUCAGUGGACAAGUUUGGAGCGGUUAAUAAAGAAUCUUUCACUAGUAAAGGCCCCGGGACCUGAAGGUUUCACUCCUGCCUUUUAUAAGGUUACACUUAUCCAUUUCAGGUUCAAUCUUUGGAGGAACACAUUAGUGUCGAACCAAACCCGGGAAAGGAAUCUUCUGUGGCAUCCAAAAAUAGGACUAUUUCCCCCAUUAAUGUGGACAUCAAGCCAUUUAGCAAAUAGAUAGCAAAUAAAUCAGCUCCCCUUCCCUUAACCUCUUCCAUACUGUUCAGGGUUUGUCAAAAGGCACGAGGCCGGCAACACCAACAAGACAUUCAACUGAUGGCGGGGGUGACGGUUCUCCCUCUGUCUGUAGGCGCCUAGAAGGCCUUCACUGAUCCUUCCUUUUGGCUGCUCUUAAAGUAAUAGUUACCUCACUGACUCAUUAGAAUACUGUCCUUAUAUACUGAGGAUACAUGGAGCCCUGUUCUGCCCAAUACUGGUCCCCACGAGCACCCAACGGGGGGGGGGGGGGUUUGGAUAGAUGGGGGACUGUCACUUCUACAAUACGUCUUAGUAAUGGAGCACCUCACUAUAGAUAUUAUAUUACCGGCGAUCACAAUUUCGCCCUCGCUGUUGGGAUGAGAACUAUUUUCUGCUGUUUCUGUAUUUUUUGUUU